UUUUUCAUCGCAAACGAGCGAAACAUUAGGAAAGGGAAGGUAGUCAUUAUUAGAUUGUAGCGGCUACCGCCGCUGCAGAAUUUUAUAUUGCGCCCUUUACAACCCCCGGGCGGUAGACAAAAUGUAUUCGGUGAAAGUGUGAAAAGUCCGUUGGAAAAGAUUCAUUCAGGCGUCGAGCGCGCAUGACCGUGUUUUUCAUUCAAACCGCCCUUCAGUCCCGCUGAAACUCUAACCCGAGCGCACGCUAGGGUCGUUCCGCCGCUCGAUUCGAUUUUCGAACUAAUUUAAAUGAAUCGCUGUCAGACAAGUUGCCGGCCGUAACUUUUUAAAGUGGAAAGUGUCGUGUUCGAGGAGCCGGUUUGCUUUUUCUAGUGUCUGUUCGAUUUUUAAAGUUUUGUUUCAGUGUUUUUGUUUUGUUUUAGUUGGUUUUUCAGUGUUUUUUGUAAAACCGGUAUUCAGCUGAAAGUGUGAACAAGUGAAACGCGGUGUCAAAUUGAAUUAUGUGAAAAAUUCCAAAAAGUGUGAUUUCUUAGUCAACAUAUUAUUUAGCUAGUUUAUUUUAGUGAUUCAGAUAAUCUUAACUAAAUAUCAAGUGAUAAUCCGUGCUCCUCCUAAUUAUUUUAAUAAAAAUAAGUUUUAAUGCCGUGCCGGUACAAUUUUAACUAGAGCCCUCCAUUUUGAACAAGUCAAUUAAGUUUAAAUCGUGCUCAAAAUAGUGAAAACUUUGUACAUUCGAUAAACUAUAAACAACAACAGAUAUCUCUCAAAGUUGUGCUUAAAAGUUAAAGUGUAAUUAAUGCUCGUAGAAAAAAGAGAUUAGAACAAACCACACCUCUCAAGUCAAAGGUGUCUAUUGUGAGUUGAUGCCGCCACCAUUUCGAACCUCUGCUCGUCGGGCAGCGCGCGCUCGGGCUCGCUACGAUGGCUCGGCCUGAGGUUAUGCGAUGAGGGCGAGAUGGACGAGCCCAGCGCCGCCAAGCGGCCGUCCGUGCUGACCAUCGACCGCGCCGCCUUUCUGCUGCUGCGCGUCAAGCGCGCCUUCAAGAAGAAGCGUCAGCUAAGGAAGGAUAAACAUGCUGCGGCGGCCGCGGCGGCGGCGGAGGCACUCGGCGCGUGCCGGCGCGCCCCUCCCCCACUCUUGCGCUCGCGCACCCUCCCCGCCAUCGUGGUGCCCGGCCUCUCCAUCCUGCACGCGCAGAUCGACCCCGCCAAGAACGACCUAACUCAAAGCCAGCUGCUAUGCCGCGGCGUGUCGAGCCACAAAGUGUGCGGGCUGCGCGCGCAGACGCCGCGCAUCUCGUUCACGAGCAAGGACGAGGAUGCGCACGAGUUGCGUCGGAAGAGUGCGAGCAGCAGGCUCGGGAGCUCGCCGCGCACGAGCAUCGCCAGCGACGAGCAACAUGGGAUCGUGUUAAGGGUCCCAGGGACAACCCCUCGCGGCUCAGUGUCCAGCACUGGCAGCUCGCGGCUAGCGCGGCUGCUGACGCAGGGGCUCGUGGCUGACACGGCUGCUGAUGCAGGGGGUGCAGGGGGAGGAACCGAGAGAUGCCCCUCGGAGGCUCAUUUGGGAGAAGUAAGAAUCCCCCUGAGGCUCACAAGGCUCAGUGUCCCUGGCAGCUCGCGGCUGACGAGGCAGCUGACGCAGAGGGUACGGAGGAGGAACUGA